UACAACGAUCAAAAUACAGUCUUUCGCUUUCCCCUUUCGAGAACCAAAGCUUCGCACCUGUUCGCUCUUCGAUUCCUCUUCAUUUCAGGUAAAAUUUUCGUAAAAUUUCUUCAAUUUAAGUUCAUAAAAAUUCCUAGUAAUGAAUCACCCAAUGCGUAAUUUCUCAAUUUUCAUCCAAUCACCUGAGCUUCAGAUCUCCAAUUAUGUCCUAAAUCUCGAAAACCCUAACCCUAAUUUCACUUUGCAAGACCUCAAAUCCAAUUUAAUGGACAAAAUCCAUAAAUCAUUAGGCUCAAUUAAGGAUAAUUCUGUUUAUUUUACAUUCAAUGGUCGGCCCAUUAAGGAUUCAACUCUAUUACAUGGUUCUGGGAUUAGCCCUUUUUCCACUUUAGUACUCCGUCUUCGCCUCCGUGGCGGGGGUGGGGAUGGAGGUGCCACGGGGGCGGAGUCCCGGGACUGUUAUCUGAAGAUGUAUGCAACUAAGAAACCGGAUAAAAUUGACCCGAAUGAAAUUAGGUUGUCGAAAUGGUUGAAUUGUGCUUUGUCUAACGAGUCGUUGAAGCAUCCUGUUGUUGUCGAUAAGCUUGGGAAUUUGUUUAAUAAGGAGGCUUUAGUUGAGGCUUUAUUGAAGAAAAGGGUGCCUAAGCAAUUUGGGUAUAUAAAGGGAUUGAAAGAUAUGAUUCCGGUUGAGCUGUCGGUGAUUCCGGGAAAAGAGGAUAGAGGGGUUGGUGAUGGUGAGGUGAUCGGGUUUCAGUGCCCGAUAACUGGGUUGGAGUUCAAUGGGAAGUACAAGUUCUUUGCUUUGAGGGGUUGUGGACAUGUUUUGAGUGCAAAAGCUUUGAAGGAAGUGAAAUCCUCGGGUUGUUUGGUUUGCCACAAGGAGUUUGUUGAGAGUGACAAGCUUGUGAUUAACGGGAGCGAAGAAGAGGUUGCGGCUUUGAGGGAGAGAAUGGAGGAAGAAAGAGCGAAAUUGAAGGAUAAUAAGAAGGUGAAGAAAGGGAAGAAUGGGGAUGUAGCUUUGAAUGGUGAAGAGGCAUUGGGGGUGCCACGCUUGAGUGGGAUGAAACAUGGGAUUGAGGAUAAGCUAGCAGAAAAGGAUGCGAGGAAAGUGGAAGGAAAAGGUAAAGUUGGCAUUAACAGUAAGAUUGAAGUGAAGGAUGUGAAGAAUAGUGCGAGUAACGGGUCUGGAAAGCGAUUUAAGGCUGUUGAUAUAGCUCCAGCUCAUGCUACAAAGGAAAUCUAUGCCUCUAUUUUCACUUCUUCAAGAAAGACCGACUUCAAGGAGACUUAUUCUUGCAGAUCUUUGCCCCUUGGAAGAAACUGAUCAGCUACUUCUUUUGAGGUGGUUUGCUAGUNAUGCUAGUGUCUUGGACUUGGUUUUAUUGUCUUAGAAUGUUGUUUCUUGAAAGAUAGUUACAUGCUUGAUCACUGAGUCGUAGAUGUUGCCUCUUGCCAUUUGAUUCAGUCGGUACUUUAUUGGUGUAACAUGACAUUUGUGAUUGUAAAUUUGAUAUUUCUCGAGUUCUGGUUAAAGACUAUAGUAACUUUAUGCUCA